CUGUCAGGAGACGGCUGGACGUUCUGUGCCUCCGACGACGACAUGGCCCUGCCGCCCUUCUUCGCCCCGGGUCGCCCGGGUCUGCCGCCCCCGCAGCCACCGCCUCCGACUCCCUUCGGCUGUCCGCCGCCGCUUCCGUCCCCGGCUUUCCCGCCUCCUCUUCCCCAGCGGCCUGGCCCUUUCCCGGGGGCCUCUGCCCCCUUCCUCCAGCCUCCACUGACUCUGCAGCCCCGGGGCCCCGCUGAAGGCUCUCGUGGCGGCAGCGGCGGCGCCUUCUACCCGGUGCCGCCGCCACCGCUACCUCCGCCGCCUCCCCAGUGUCGGCCCUUCCCGGGGACCGACGCCGGUGAGCGUCCGCGGCCACCGCCUCCAGGCCCGGGGCCGCCCUGGAGCCCACGCUGGGCUGAGGGGCCGCCGCCGCCCGACGUGCUCGGGGACGCGGCCCUGCAGCGCCUGCGCGACCGGCAGUGGCUGGAGGCGGUGUUCGGGAACCCCCGGCGGGCGGGCUGCCCAGGGCCCCAGCGCACGCCUCCUGGACCCAGCCUGGGCGAAGUGCGUGCGCGGUUGCGCGGGGCUCUGCGUCUGGUGCGGCGGCUGCGCGACCUGGGGCAGGCCUUACGCGAAGCCGAGGCUGAUGGAGCGGCCUGGGCCCGGCUGCACGCUCAGGCCGCGCCGCUGCGCGCUGAACUAGCCGAGCGCCUGAAGCCGCUGUCCCAGGCCGCCUAUGUGGGCGAGGCGCGGCGGAGGCUGGAGAAGGUCCGGCGCCGUCGGCUGCGGCUUCGCGAGAGAGCCCGGGAACGUGAGGCCGAGCGAGAAGCGGAGGCUGCACGAGCAGCGGAUCGAGAAAUAGAGAUUGACCGCUGGAGGGUCAAGUGCGUGCAGGAAGUGGAGGAGAAGAAGCGGGAACAAGAACUCAAAGCUGCUGCUGAUGGUGUCUUAUCUGAAGUAAGGAAAAAGCAAUCUGAUACCAAAAGAAUGGUGGACAUUCUUCGAGCUCUGGAGAAAUUGAGGAAACUGAGGAAAGAAGCUGCAGCAAGGAAAGGGGUCUGUCCUCCAGCCUCAGCUGAUGAGACCUUUGAACAUCAUCUUCAGCGGCUAAGAAAACUUAUUAAAAAACGUUCUGAAUUGUAUGAAGCUGAAGAGAGAGCCCUCAGAGUUAUGUUGGAAGGAGAGCAAGAGGAAGAGAGGAAAAGAGAAUUGGAAAAGAAACAGAGAAAAGAAAAGGAGAAAAUGUUACUUCAGCAACGUGAAAUUGAGUAUAAGUUAUUUGGGGAUCCCGGCGAGUUCCCACUUGCUCACCUCUUGCAGCCUUUCAGACAGUAUUAUCUCCAGGCCGAGCACUCACUGCCAGCACUCAUCCAGAUAAGGCAUGAUUGGGAUCAGUACCUGGUACCAUCUGAUCACCCCAAAGGCAGCUCUGUUCCCCAAGGAUGGGUCCUUCCCCCGCUCCCCAGCAAUGACGUCUGGGCAACCGCCAUUAAGCUGCAGUAAGGAAGGUGCUCCGAGAAGUGCAUGUGGUCCAGCCACGCAUGCCUUGCUACAGCUCUUACCAGUGACGCUGCUGCUGUGUCAUGCGGGGUGUUGCCUAGCCUGAAGUGAAGCUUUCUUUCUGUGCUCUGUCCUCUUGGAUCAGGAGAUAAAUGCAGUUCCUCAGCAAAGGACCAAGGUGAACUAAGGUUUUACCACAGGCAGUGGCCUUGGUUCACCAAAUUUGCCUCUGUUUGAGGGGCUUAGUUCAGAGUGACUUGUUUAUUUUCCUUAGCUUCCUCGUACAUUGAUGGUAAGUACACUCAACAUCCUGAGUUCAUAUGGGUGUGUGCUGGGUAGAAGGUAAUUUCAUGCAAAACCUCUUUCUUCCCUACUCAAGAGACCCUCCCAACUCCCGAAAGUGAAAAGGCAAGAAUUUGAUGUUGAGUGUUAUUCAUCCCAGUUUUGGCACAAUGUGGGAGGCUGUAGUUAGGGAGAUGGCAGAGAAGUCACCUGGAGAACUUAGAGGACCUGCAGAGCACCCACACCCACACUGGACAGUGUUCUGCACUUUCCUCAUGCUCCUCAUCCUACUGAAAGUACUCGUUGACGUUUCUGUUUCCCUGUGGUGGUGAGACUUUAAUCUCACUCACAUUAUAGGAGCUGGUAUAAUAGUAGAUUUUCUUAGGGAUUCAGGUUUCCAGAAAUGUCUAUGUAGUAAACAUUGGGUCGGGGGGGAAGCAAAUAAAUAAUAAAGUUUAUUUAUUAUAUUAAUAAGUGUUGUUCUUGGAUAUGAUCCAUCAUAUAACACGUCAGCUCUCUUGAGUUUUGCAGAUUAUUUUGUUACUCAGUUUUCAAAAAUGAAAUAAAUAAAUGUCAUUUUUAUUCUUUUA